CUUCCCUCUCUUUAAAAAUCAAAUUUCUAGUGAGAGAAAGACACACACUUUCUAGAGAGAGAGAAAAUCUGAAGAGCUACAAAGCGAGCAAUGCCCCGACCCCCGACAGACUCCCCAGACUGAAAAUCUACGGUGAGGUCCCUCUGUCUUGUCCAUCCAUUCUCCGAAACAGCUGACACCCAGCACGGAAAGUUCCUCCUUUAACCUGCCACGAGCUUCAAUUUCAGUCCUUUCCAGCGACCCGCAGUUCAAAAUCAUGUCUUUUUGAGCUCCCACCACCUCCUGUUCUAGAGCUGCCGUCUUCAGCUCAUUCUGGCUCACUUCUUGAUCUUGCUCUCUGGCCUAUACGUGUUCUCUUGUGGGGGGAGGUUCGAAAUGGGGAGCUCGGCGAAGAGGAGGACUAUCGGCGGGGGCCGGGACGAGUCGACGGCAGAGCUGCUCACAGAGUCGAGCGCGGAGUCGAGGGAGAGCAGCCUCAGCAGCGGCACCACCGAGGGGUCUUCCACUGAGGAAGCUCCAAAGGCCAAGGACCGGUCUAUGAAAUCCCCUCUGGGUUGGCCCAUCAGGAAAGCUGAUGUCGCCAGAAGCUCUGUUUCUGCUGAAACUGGGGGUGAGAAGAAAACCCACCUGGACGAUUCGAAGUUGAAGAAACUGAGCUCCAAGCUUUCAGAGAUGGACAUGAUGAAGGAGAGGUUCGCUAAACUGUUGCUGGGUGAGGACAUGUCGGGUUCGGGAAAAGGGGUUCCCAUGGCUCUGGCCAUUUCGAAUGCCAUCACCAAUCUCUGUGCAACCAUUUUCGGGCAGCUGUGGAGGUUAGAACCCUUGCCUGAAGAGAAGAGAUCGAUGUGGCGAAGGGAGAUGGAGUGGCUUCUCUGUGUUAGCGAGCACAUUGUCGAGCUUAUACCCUCAUGGCAGACAUUUCCUGAUGGCAGUAAGCUGGAGGUCAUGACUUGCAGGCCGAGAUCAGAUAUUUUCAUCAACCUUCCAGCUCUACGAAAGCUCGAUAACAUGCUUCUCGUAAGAUCUUGUCCCGUUGGUUUUGGCUGGAUAGUGCAAGCUGGAUCUUUUGAUGGUCUCAAAGUUCUUUUUCUAAUCUUUUCUUUGACUUGGCAGGAAAUAUUGGAUAGUUUCACGACCACAGAGUUUUGGUAUGUCGACCAAGGGAUAGUGGCUCCUGAAGCUGAUGGGUCCGCCUCUUUUCGGAGGACAAUUCAGCGCCAAGAGGAGAAGUGGUGGCUUCCUGUUCCACGGGUUCCCGCCGGUGGGCUAAGCGAGAAUUCAAGAAAGCAGUUGAGUCACACUCGAGAGUGCACGAGCCAAAUUCUUAAAGCUGCUAUGGCCAUUAACAGUACUGCCUUGUCGGAGAUGGAAGUGCCCGACUCGUACUUGGAGGCUCUCCCAAAGAGUGGGAGAGUGUCUCUUGGUGAUGUAAUAUACCGAUACAUCACAUCGGACCACUUCUCUGCGGAAUGCCUGCUUGAUUGCCUUGAUCUGUCUUCGGAGCACGUGGCUCUAGAGAUUGCGAACCGUGCAGAAGCUUCGAUAUACAUUUGGCGUCGGAGGGCCCACUCCAAGCCCCAAACACACCCGAGCAAAUCCACCAACAAGUCGUCGUGGGAGAUGGUCAAGGACCUGAUGUUGGAUGGAGAUAAGAGGGAAAUGCUCGCGGAGAGGGCCGAAUGCCUCUUGCUUUGCCUCAAGCAGCGGUUUCCUGGUCUUACCCAAACAACUUUAGAUACCACGAAGAUUCAGUACAACAAGGAUGUUGGAAAAUCAAUCCUCGAGAGCUACUCAAGGGUCCUGGAGAGCCUUGCGUUCAACAUAGUUGCCCGAAUAGACGACCUCCUCUAUGUUGACGAUCUGACCAAAGAGUCGAACAAACUCUCCUCGGUUCCCACAGUCAGCAUGAUCUCCCACGCACACAAGAAGUUGCCGCCAGUUCCAUACUCUGUCUCUCUCUCCACCAGUCCGUACAAGCCUACCUUCAACACACCGAGCUUCUCACCUGCUCCUCUCAUUAGCCCAGCUAAGGCGGAGAGGACUCCAUUCAUCGGCAACGGCAAUGGUAUUAACCGGCCUCCUCGGCGUGGCCUUGGAGUGAAGAGAGUUCUGACGAAUUAUCUUGGCGUUGACAUGAAGCCGAAGAUGGGAGGGAACACAAGUGAAGGGUCUUGUUCUCUACAGACCUUGAACCAAAAGGAAGAAAAAUGAUGUAGACUCUCGGGUGAAGUGUUACAGCUAUUUACUAUAACUGAAUGCUGAUAUAGCUGCAUCUCGAGCUAUUAUAUAGCCGAUACGGAUUUCAUAGAGCUCGUAGUUUCUCCCCCGUGUUGCCUGGAGGAGAAACUUAGCAGCAAGUAUUCAUUCUUUCUUCUUUUUGUUAGUGUGCAUCUUGAUGUUGUUCCCUGACAGCCUAGUGAAUUACACGGAAACCUUUCUCGCGGGUUGUAUUCAUAUCAGUCCCAUUAAUCAGUAAUCAUACUCCUUGAGAGCUUUA